CAUUCAACUCUAGGCAAUUGAAAUAGUUGCAUGCUCAGGCAAAAAAACAAAUUUAGUAUUAUUUACGAUACGUUAAUCUAGUAAUAACUUUAUUUAUUUUGUUUCAUAUUUUCUGAUAGUUUACUGUAAUUUACUGAACGAUUACUAGCUAGUACACGUCAGUUGAUAAAACAUUUUGUUUUUGUUUGUUUGCACAUGAUGUUAUUUACCAUUAAAAUCCCGUUGGCUACACCUUCCGAAUGCCUUCCAAUGAAGGCCAAAUCUAUUCAUGCAUGUCUAGAUUGAUUCUCACUGACGCGCUGGCGGUGUCUCACGGGGGAGAACUGCCCCGGUACAGGGAAGACACGACCAGCAGGACGAGCUCGACGAUAUUUUUGGGAUUUUGCUUUUUGUCAGGGGGUGCCGUGUGAAUCGCUGGCAGAUUGCCGACAAUUCCAGCGGCCCAUUCCUAUCCUGUUUGUCGCACUGCUUUGCUCUUUGGUGUCUAUUCCGGCGGGGCGAACGGACAUCAUCAUCGCACAGUGCGGCGUGCGGUCCGCCUUUUCCAUCUCUCCCGGAGUUUAUAUACGAUUUUUCAGUCGAUUUUGAGUGUGGGGAUCGUUUUAUCCGUUUCCGCAAUUUGCUAUCUCGUGUCGAAUCUAUCCCAUGUCUCCUGUGAGUGUCAAAUGAAAUGAGGCAAAUUACGCCGGCUAGUUCCGAAAAUAAAUCUGCAUCUGCUACCAACGACGCUGCAUCUGCUGAACCACCUCCAUUACCCACAACCCAACCACCGCCCUUGGAGGACGAAUACGAAGACAUAGAAUACGGGACUGGGCAUAAAGCUACAUUCUCAAUUCGAUUUGGUGGGAAAAUGGAGCCGAGAAAAGGCGAUGGACGUCACUGUGAACUUUGUGGAUCCUCAAGUCCAAAAGUUCGGUGUGAGAAAUGUCUCAACCAAAUAUUUUGCUUAUCCUGCGAUGACAUGUAUCAUCGACACCCUAAAAGAAUGAAUCAUUCUAGAAAAGCGCUGGAUUGUAUAGUCCCGACCGUGAGACCACCACUGCCACCCAAAAAUGCCGAUUCUUCAAUUCCUCCACCACUACCCCCACCACGUAACAAAGGAAAGAAAGGCCCAUUUUCUACCCCAUUACUGAGCCGAAAAGAUUUUUCGACAUCGCGCUUGAAUGUUUUUACGACUCCUCUGCUAGGCAGGAAAAGCGGAGGAUCGAGUUCUCAAAAUCAACCGCCGCCGAUGACACCCUCCACGCCUCGCAAGGAAUCCUUCAUGGAGAAAAUGGGAUCUCUCAAGCGAUUCAUGGGCUCUAGGCCUCUGCCCUCAGCCCCAGACAGCAAGCCACCAGUGCCACCUGUGCCACCACCCAAAGAGGCGUCACCCAUUCAACUUUCACGGAAAUUUACGCCGCCAGGGAUUUUGAAAAAACCGGCAUACGGCCCUCCACCUUCACCCUCAUCAUCAACAUCGUUUGAACCACCAAGGCUCUCACAGACGAUGCCUAGAAAUCUGCCGCCCCCAUCUCCGGAUCUCAAAAUGUCGCAAUCAGUCGAUUCUCGCCAGCACCAAUUUCGACCAAUGCCGUCUUCACAAAGCAACAGUGGAAGUUUCGUCAGUUUGAAUGAAGCAGCGCAAAUGAGCUAUCCUGAUUGGGAAGAGGAAAGGAUGAAUUUGCGUCACCGAUCCAGCAGCAUUACUGGUGCCUCUGAUUGGGGAGCUCAUCCUGGUUAUCCUCGACCAUCAGGACAUCAUCAGCAACAUCCACCUCAACACCCUGGCUAUCCUCCGUCUUCUCGGAGGACUGCAGGACCCUCCGCUAUGAGUAGCUCGUCAGCCUGGGAUCUUUCGUCUGGACCUACCCAAGCUUUCCCACCGAUGGCGCCACCCAGUAGAGGAAAUCCAAUGCAACAGGCCCAAUCGAUGGCUCAGUUAAAUUGGCGACCAGGGAUGUGGCCACCUGGAGGCCCCGAAUUCGGUUGGGGAGAUUUCCAAAAUCCGAUGUUGGCGCAUAUGGGUGUCGUGGAUUCCCCAAUGAAAAGAACUCCCAGCAAUUUGAGCAUGUCGGCUGUUCCAGACGGUACUCAUGGCAUGUGGCCCCAACAACACAUGAUGCACCACCCAAUGAUGUACCCACACUUUCAUCCAUCCAUGAUGUACUUGACUGGUAGCCAGAGUCAUCUGAUGGGUGGGCCAGCUGGUCCUAUGAUGAUGAUGAAUUCUGGACAACAACCCUACGACCCACGACCGCCAUCACCGGCGUCCAGCCAACGAUCGAGACGCUCUCAAAAAUCGCAGCGAUCGUCGCAGCGCUCCUCUCAGAGUUCCUCUCAGAAGCCAAAUCGCCAUGGUGGUGGAUCCACGAGCUCCAAGCCCGGACGCUGGUCCGAAUCGGAAGAUUUAUCCGGAGACAGUGACGAUUCGUUGCAUGAUAGACCCACUUCCCCACGUAAGUCCUCGGUCUCUGGUCGGAGCGGUAAGAAUAAGGAUUAUGGGCCGGUCCAUCUAUCUAGUGGCGCCCGCCCUAGAAGUCCCAAAAUUUCACCUUCAGUACCCGCAGUUGACAAGGACUUUGACAAGGAUUGGGAGUGUACUCAUUGCACUUAUCACAACAAGGCCGAAACCCGCAUCUGUGCAGUUUGUUGUCGUACAUCCGAUCACCACGAGCAUCAAUCGGAGCAACAGGCAGUCGAGGAGGAAGACCUUCCCGUGGUCAUGUCGAAUUUGACAUUCAACAUCAAAGAAGACCGCACUCGCGACUCUGUCCCGGUGCAAUUAAAAAGCGAGCAGCUGGCGACCAAAGACAAGUCUCCCAGCCGAGCCGACGAUAGCCGCAGAGGUUCAAUGAAAUACGACAAUGUCAACAAGCACUACGAAGAUGUCAACGACAUGUUGAAACGGAUGCAAGUGCGCAAAGAGGACCCGAAACCCUACGUCACCCAACAACUCCCGCAGCAAGUCCCACCGCAACAGCUCCCGCUCCCCCAGCCAACGCAUCACAAUUCGCUGAUGGACGAAAUCGAUGCAGUGGAAGACGACGACGACGAAGAAGAAGAAGAAGAACGUUACAUCGAGAUGGAGGAGAAAGAGCCUCUGUACGAACGCGUUCAAUUUCCUCCCGUCUCCCCAACUGCCGCCGCCGCGUCAACAAACUAUGCAGCAGAAGAAGCCCAAGGUAAGAGCCAGUCAAAAUCCAGUGAUGAGGGGACUGGAAUAAGGGAAUCCAUUUCCGAGAGUUCGUCAUCGAGCGAGAAAAGUCCGGAAACUCAUAAGAAGACCGAGUCGUCAACCCCUAUCCCGAUAGCCAAAGAAAAAGUAGCAACUGAAAGCCAAUCUGUGAGUCCUGAUCUAGCCGAUACUAAGACAAAGAAAAUCGACCAGCCAAAGGAUGCAAAAGUGGUCACAGCUAUUACACCUGCUCUUGGUCUGGCAGCUCUCAAAAGUCUCAUUGCCAAAGCAGCCGCGGGGACGUUGAGUUCCAAAAGCUCAGUGGCUAAAAAUCAGAAUGAGACGGCUACAAAAACUGACGACCACUCUGAAGUGUCAGUUCCUCCGAACAAAGCAGUAUCUUCCGUCGGAAAGUCUACCGCGACCACAUCGACUUCUACAUCGACUUCGACCUCUACAGCUGUUGAUUCCAACGACGAUCCUAUUCAAGAGAACGAUUAUUGGUUGGAAGAGAAGUUGAAAAUGCAAAAUACAGUUGCAUACCAGUCAUUUCAAAAGGGAGCGCUUUUGAAAAAGACCCUGACUUCCAAGGGAACGUCUCCACCACCACAAACGAUAUCUACUCAGACUUACGAAGCUGUGGACCCUAUUCAAGAAGCAAUGCCUCUCAAAAUCAUAGAAAUCCCUGCUCCCAAGCUGAAACGGACAUUAUCUCUGAACGCGGGAACGAGAGAACUGAAAGAACCAGAACCAGAACCUCUGACCGGUCGUCAUAAUUUUAUGAGCCGCAGAUUUCAGCACAAACACAAUCCAGAAAAUCGAAGACAUUUUACUGGAUCUACUCAAAGCUUGCAUCAGUCAAUACCUCACGACGACAGUCCGCCUCCAAGGACGAUAAGUGGAACAUUUUCUGAUCGCAGCAUGUCCCAGGAAUCUAUGGAGAUGGAAGAAUCUGACAGUCCAUACAGAAGCAGUAAAAGUGGCCGAAGCAGGAACAACAGAUCCAUGAAAGACCUAAUGAUGGAAAAGCCAUACACUCAGCGCAAUUACGAGUCCGAUUAUGAUGACCGUCGCUUUUCUAAUUCUACUAGCGCUAGCCGAUAUCGACCUGAAUAUCGUCCCAGUGGUAGAGAACGACAUCCGCAGCACACGGCUCCGGCGUUGGAAACGCGUCGUAGGAUGUUCGAACGCGAGCAACUAGGUGGGCGCAGGUGGGAACCCGAAUACUCGGACUCUUACAGCGAUGUCGAGUUUAAGCGACACUAUGCCAAUGACACACCUCGUGAUCGUGGUAGAGAGAGAGAAAGAGAACGUGUCACAGAAUACAGAAGACUAUUUCAACAGCCCAGCCCAGCAGCCGAAGAUUUUAGAAUGAAUAAGACGUCCAUGAGACGCCAAGACAGUAGCACCAGCAAAAGCAGUCAGGAAUAUUCUUUCAAUAGACAUUAUCCUGAAGGAUUAUUUGAGACGUACCGUUCACGAUUUGAGGCGCGAUCCGGAAGGGGAACUUCGUCUGAAAAAUCCGCUCCCAGUAGUCGUGGUGGUUCCAUGACCAGUUUGGAACCUCCACCUUUGAUUGAAUCAAGGCGAAAUUUGGUUAAUCAAUUCAAACCUUUUGAUUAUCGAACGGCUUCAACGGGAGAUGACGCGAAAAAACGGCGCACCAAGCCUACUCUAGAAAAAGAUAAUCAACAAUCUCCGGCUGUGAAAUUAGACUUUCUUAUCAGGGAGGCAAAGGAUUUGGGAUUCGAGGCUGAGCAUCUUCAAAUUGCUUUAUCUCUAUGUGGUGACAGUCAGCCGGUAAACUGGCUCCGAGACAAUUGGCUAAAUAUGGUCGAUACAGUCGUCACACUGGCAACCAACUAUGGACACGAAAGACCUGAUAAUAACAUAGGUACACUAACGCGUGAAGAGGCCACUCGUUCAGUGCUGAAAAAUCAGGGCAACAUCUGGAAUUCCGUUACCGAGUGUGUUGAAGAGCGCCGUAGAAAAUUUAAUGAGCUGAUGAUCCGCGGUAAAGGCGAGUUUGAUCGCCAGGAUAUAAUUACAGCUUUGACGGCUAGUGCUGGAAACACUGAUAUUGCAUUCGCAGAGCUAUGUCGGCCGCCUCCACCUCCAGUUCCUAGCAAUAGCCCACCACUUCCCUUUCAUGAAAGAUCAGAUUCUUCGUCAUCUCCGAUUCCAUUCGCUGACGAUAUUUCCGAUUCGGAAGAUGAGGAAGAAACUGGACUCGAACCAGUUGCAAUCGAUUCCACUAAUAUUGCGCCAGCCAAGCAGAUAGAGAAACCUACUAGAAGUGUUGAAAAUUUACUUUACUUCCAAGCUACCCAAGAUCACGAGGAAGAUGACAUCUAUCAAGACAUUUCUGACCCCGAAGACGAUGCUAUGGCCGUCAUACCGAUCAAAAGUACUCCAGAAAAUGAAAACGACGUGGAAAUCUUUUCAACCGCUGAAAGUAGCCAAAAUGAUAUGACGGAAAUGGAUGUCGUUGACAUGAUGGGAACUCAACCUGAAAUUGUCGACGAAGAGAUGAAAGACGUCAUGGAGAAGCUGGACCAAGAUUUGCACAGAAUCGUGCAAAUGUCGGAUGAAAUUGGCCGGGCUAUGGCUGUCAACGAUUCGUCGGCCUUAAUGCAAGAAGACGAGGAAAACGAUGUAGAAGACGUGGAAGAAAUGGCCACUAUCGAACAAGAACUGUUGAUAGAAGAGCCUAAGGAAUCAAAUGUAAAUGAUAAAAUAGAAGACGACGAAGAAGAAUCGUUUGACGAAGAAGUUGUAGCAGAAACAGACGAAUUAAUAGAGGAAAAAGAAGAAAUCAGUGAAGUCAUAGAAGAAAAGGAAGACAUCGUACCGGUGCAAGAAGACAUCCCAAAAGUGAAGGAAGAAGCGACAGACUUAUCCGACGAAUUUACAGACGUAAAAGAAGAAAUUGCAGACUUAUUAGAAGAAGCUGCCGAAGUAAAUGAAGAAGUUUUAGAUAAUGUUGUGGCAGAAACUGCCAAAGAAGAAGGGGUGCAACAAGUACCAGAAGAAAUAAAUAAUGGAACUGACUUGAACCAGGAAGAGCUACCAACUGAUUCAGAUGUAAUCUACGAAGACUAUGAAAACACAAAUGUGCCAAUGGAUGAGGUCUCUACUACUGUACCGAUGGCUGUCGAGGAAGAUGACGAAGAAAUCAAUUAUAUCGAUGACGACGAAGAGGAGUACGAAGAGGAGUACGAGGAAGAGUACGAGGAAGACGUUGCAGGCGCCAUCAGUGACGACCAUGAGUCGGUCGAAGAUGUACAACGGCCGUUUAGCGCUGAUAUUUUUGAGCGACAUGUGCAGCAGGUUAUCGAAGAAGAUUUUCCAGAGAGCCAAAACGCCAAAGCACCAGCCGUUCAGAUUAUCUCUUCGAAACUAAAUCAGGUUAUGAACAGAGAGGUAACGACAACAACCAAGAACACACCCGAAGCUGUCCCCGCUCCCUAUGAGCGCAAGGUCCGUCAAUUGCUGGCAGAGGGUAAAGCAGUGUCUUACGAAAAAGCUGAACUUGCUGCUAGACUUAUGGAUCUGAAGUUUGACGAGGACGAAUCGAUUUAUGCAGCUAACGAAUGCGGUUCGCUCUACAUGGCUAUAUCUUAUUUACAACAGGAUUGCGAGUUAUGCGCUAGUAAAUACGGCGUCAAGGAGAUGGUGUCUAUGCUUCAUUGCACUCAUCGAUGUUGCCGAGGAUGCGCACAGACUUAUUUUUCCACCCAAAUUCGUGAUCGAACGAUCGUGGAUGCUGUAUGUCCGUUUUGUUCCGAGCCAGCAAAUCUUGCUGAGGACGAUGAAUUAGCGAUGGACUAUUUCACUCAUCUGGACAUAAUGCUUAAGGGAAUCGUGCCGCACGAUAUUCACGAACUCUUUCAGCGUAAAUUGCGUGACCGCACUUUGGCCAAGGAUCCGAACUUUAAGUGGUGCAAUAAGUGUUCAUCUGGGUUUAUCGCAAAUCCACGUCAAAAGCGACUUAUAUGUCCAGAUUGUCGAGCCGUUACUUGCGCAACUUGCCGUAAACCAUGGGAGAAACAACACGAAGGUUUGACUUGCGAAAAAUUUGCCGAGUGGAAAGAAGCUAACGACCCGGAAUAUCAAGCCGAAGGACUGGCUAAACAUUUGGCAGAGAAUGGAAUACGUUGUCCACAAUGCCGUUUCCAGUUUUCACUAACUCGCGGAGGAUGCAUGCACUUCACGUGCACUCAGUGCAAAUGGGAAUUUUGUUCUGGGUGCGACCGGCAGUUUUUAAUGGGUUCCCGGUGUGGAGUUGGGCCAUUUUGUGACAAACUUGGAUUGCACGCCCAUCACCCUCGAAAUUGUCUAUUCUAUCUACGAGACAAGGAGCCACGGGAUCUCCAAAAGCUUUUGACGGAACAUGGAGUUCCAUUCAUGACUGAGCCACAUGAUUCAACAGAAGGACCUAAACAGUGCGUUGUCCAACUGCAACGAGAAACAUCAGAAGGAUUGGUCGAUGAUGUCUGUUCCAACGAAGUUAAAGAAGGGCAGGCUGGACUUUGCAGGCUCCAUUAUGUGGAAUACCUUGCGGCCUUGAUCACGAAAAACGAUGUGGAUCCCUUGGAUAUCUUUAGCUCAGAUGAACUUGAAACGUUAUUACAAACGGCCAGCAUUCGGCGGCCAUCUCGGAAUCUUCCACCGAACGCACCUCUUGUGUCAUACCGCCGUAGACUACUUGAGGUGAUCGAAGAGCAGCUGCCACUUAAUUGAAGCUAUGUGAACCGUAGGUCGCCUCCGACCGAACCGAGGAUUUUCCAACCCAGAUGUCUGGUCAUAUUUGAUUUACUAACUUGUACUUUUUUCUCCGAUAACUUCAAUAAACCAAAGGCGGCUCCGGUCUUUUUUUGGCUAUUAAAAA